AUGAACUUUGAAGUUGUGUUUCCUUUUUUCCUGUUUAUAACUUUUCAUAUUGAUUUUGGACAAAAUAAAGACACUCCUAGCAAGCAAAGAAGAAAGAUGUAUCAUCAAAGACUAAGGAAAAGUUCCUCACUUAACCACAGGUCAGACAGACAGCUUAGGGUGCAGCAAGCAGCUAUGAUUCCAGCAGCAGUACAAUUUCCAGCUAUUAACUUUGUUUAUAGUAUGGAGGGAAAAUAUGAAUCCUUUUCAAGCUUUUCUGGAGAAGAAUCAAGCUACAGUGUGUUACCAGGAAAAAACGGGCACUGCUUGGUCAAGGGGAUGGUAAUGUACAACAAAGCUGUAUGGUCUCCUGAACCUUGCACGACCUGCCUGUGCUCGAACGGAAGAGUAUUUUGUGAUGAAACUACAUGCCGCCCCCAGAAUUGCCCUCAUACAUUUAAACCUGAUGGAGAAUGCUGCCCAGUCUGCUCUGAAACUGAACAAAAAGAACUCACCACUUCACUUCAUAAGCAACAGCGACCUACUCAGGCAGCAAUGGGCCAAGAAUUUAAAAAAGGAACAUUUCAAUCUGAAGAAGAUGAGGAUGAAGAAAUUAAAGACAGUGAAGAUACAAAGCAAAAGAAAAACAACCCUAGACUUCAAGCCAGGAGUGAAGUGCACAGUGAGGAGAGGAGACAGGAGGAAGUAAAGCAGCUAUCUCAAGAGAAGGAGCCGAAUCACGGCAGAGAGGAGAAAGAUGACAAACAUGUCAGAGGAGACAUUCCCCAAAUUCCCUCUCUAUCUCCGGUACCUGCUCCUCCUAGAACACCACCUCUUCCAGUCAGAUGCUUUCUGUCCUCCAAGACCAUAAGCUGCAUAAAUGUGGAACUGACACAGAUACCACCAAUAACAGCCCCAGAGAUAACAAGUCUGCAGCUUACAGGGAAUUCCAUCACUUCCAUCCCAGAUGAAGCAUUUAAUGGAUUACCUAAUUUGGAAAGCCUUGAUUUGAGCAAAAAUAGCAUUACCUCUUCAGGCAUAGGCCCCAAAGCAUUCAAGCAUCUAAAGAACUUACUGCAUCUGAAUAUCGAUGGAAACAAUUUGACACAGAUUCCUUCAGAAUUGCCAUCUACACUGGAAGAACUUAAAAUCAAUGAAAACAAUCUGCAGGCUAUCAAUGAAGACAGCUUUUCAGACUUGACUCAGUUGGUCGCCUUAGAAAUGGAAGGAAACAGUCUUAGUGAAACCAAUGUCAAUCCUUUAACUUUCAAACCUUUGAAGAGCCUAGCCUACUUGAGGCUAGGAAAAAAUAAAUUCAGAAUCAUACCACAGGGUCUUCCUGCUUCUAUUGAGGAAUUAUACCUGGAAAAUAAUCAAAUUGAAGAAAUAUCUGAAAUUUGCUUCAAUUAUACCAGAAAGAUAAAUGUCAUUGUACUUCGUUAUAACCAAAUUGAAGAAAAUAGAAUUGCUUCUUUAGCCUGGAUAUACCAAGAAUACCUAGAAUCGAUUGACCUCUCCUACAACAAACUCUAUCACGUCCCCUCUUAUCUACCAAAGUCUUUGCUGCACCUAGUGCUAAUUGGGAAUCAAAUUGAUCGGAUCCCUGGCUACGUGUUUGCUCACAUGGAGCCAGGCCUGGAAUACCUCUACCUAUCCUUUAACAAACUUGUGGAUGAUGGAGUAGAUGCUGUCUCUUUCCAUGGGGCAUACCAUUCUCUGAGAGAAUUAUUUCUGGAUCACAAUGACUUCAAAUCUAUACCACCAGGGAUACAGGAAAUGAAAGCAUUACAUUAUCUGACAUUGAAUAACAACAAGAUAAGGAAUAUUAAUCCAGAGCAAAUCUGCAAAGCUGAAGAAGAUGAUGACUCAACUCUGGAGCAUCUUCAUUUUGAAAAUAAUUACAUUAAAAUAAGAGAACUAUCACCCUAUACGUUUUCAUGCAUAAGAUCAUAUUCAAGUAUUGUUCUUAAACCACAGAAAAUUAAGUAA